AUGUCUCAACGGGUUCAAUACCACAAUUCCGAGCUCGCAAGCCGACCAUUUUAUGAUGAAGCGCCAAUCGUUGGCCCUCCCGAUUGUUCGGAGGCGGCCUUCAAGCAGCCCCUCCUCCGGCGGUGCCCGUUUGAUCUCGAAGCCAUCUCGUGGGUUUCUUUACUAAGCGGUGGACUUGACGGCCAGUUCUGGGACACCAAGCCACCGCCAAAGUACAUGCUCUACUACGCGGCUGAGCGAGAGGCCCAAAACGCCGCUCUCCUUGAGAAGAUGGCAGCUGCGGCUAGUCAUGACAUAGACACUCUUCCCAUACGAGUGCACGCUCGACCGGCUGGCUUUGAGGACGCUAUUGAUAAUCUGUUGGCUUUUUCCGCAGAGGGCCGCCAGAGGCGGCAAGUGAAAGACGCCAACGGCGUGAAAAUUACAUCCGUUCCGCGCAUGAAGAAGUGCUUCGGCUGGCUGAAAAUCGACGGCGAAUAUCUUCACAACCUCCCACAGCGGCGACUACGCCCGAUACCCGUCAGAUUACCCAAGUACGGUGACCGUUGUAUAGUGCGCGGUCAGCAACACUUUACCAUCAUGUACGAGUACGUUCCGGAAGGCGAUAACGACACGGGCCAGAUGCAGGAAGUCCUGGAUUUCCUUUGGCGGGCUGGUUUUGAGUACACCCAGACGCUUCAGAAGGAGAACUAG